CUCCCUUGGCUUUUUUUUUUUUGAAAUGAUUUAGAAUUAUUCAUAUGAUACACUCAAAAAAGGCUACCUAAAAUUUUAAUAUAUUUUUUACUUUUGCCCUUCUUACUUAUAUGUUAUCUAUCAUCACAUUUUUCUGCUUGUUCUCUUUCAUUCACUCUCUCUAAAUAAAGAUUAAAGAUAUACUUAGUAAAAAAAUAUUUUUUAUGCAUCUUUUAUUUUUAGCUAACUUUUGAUUUAUGCAAUUCAGUUAUUUGUAUUUUAUACAUGAAAUUGUGGGAGUAUUUUCAGGAACAACGCUAAAGGAUUAAGCUAUGCCCCACUGGAAAGUAGAAACAACUAACCACUAUCCUAUUAGGGCCCAAACCCCAAAAUAGCUUCCCACACCAAAUUAUUUACUCGAAAUUUCAUAAUUCAUAGGAAAAUAUCACAUAGUCAACACGCGGAGAGGUGAGAGAAAAACAAACAAACAAACAAACAUCAUAAUAUAACCUUAAUGUUGGUACCCGGUCAAUAUGGGUAUCAUUGUUGGAAUUUUCCAACUUCCACCUGUCAUUGUUAGUGUUCGGAGCCCAUCUCAUUUUUUAUUUUUUGGGCACUGGAGGGCACUGCCCCACGCAGUUUACAAGGCCUUCGGGUCAAAAAAAGAAACUUUCAAAAAAUGCAACAUUGACAUUCCAUGCAAUAAAGAGUUUUUUUUUUUUAAUUGCAUCCUUCAGUCACCGCAAAAUUGAAAAAAAAAAAAAAACCGUGAAAAAUGGUAAAAUCGCAAAUCACGAUUCGUUAUAAACCUUGUAUAAGUUUUUAAUAACGGCAGUAAAUUUUUGACAAAAUAUCUGAUUUAUAAUUUUACAAUUUCUAUGGUUUUUUUUUUCUUUUUUAGCGAUUUUCCUUUCGAUCAAUCAUUUGAAAACGAUGACCAAAUGUGUUGAAACAGCUGAUCAGAUGCCUCUGAUCUUAAGCCACAUGGCUAUCUUCGAUUUCCCUUAAAUGUAUCAGUUUCUUCUUCCUCAUUAAUUCUGUGAUAUCAUUCUCCUCUUCAAACACCAAUCUCUAAUCUCUCAUAUAGUUCAUACAUCGCCAGAUCCAACUUGACCUCUCUUUCCUUCUUCCUCUUCAUUAUUCUGUCCACCUGCAGCCAACCUCUACACACACGCAUAUAGACAUAAAACAUGCUUCUUCAACCUAUUUUCCUUUCUGUAAUCUCCAUAUUCUGGUCAUGGUGGAUACUUGACGGCGUCGUUGCGGAUCCACAGACCACUCUUAUAUACACCCGCUGCACACCAUCUGCCAACCAAGACGUCUUGCCCAACUUAUCCAUCUUCCAUGAAAACGUAAACGCAACGUUUCGAGAGAUCAAAGAGAAUAUCGUCUCUGAGAACAAGUACUUGGCGACGGCAAGGAAAGCCAACGCAGAAAACCCUGUUUCUACACUUUUUCAGUGUAGAAACUAUAUCUCCAUUCCCGACUGUGUCGCCUGCUUCGACGUCGCAGCCCGGCAAGUCCGUAAGUGUCCUCCGGCGGCACAAGGUGCCGGCGUUGUCUUCGAUGGCUGCUUCCUCAGGUACGAGACCAAUGCCUUCUUUUGGAAGACAACGGAGGAUUUCAAUGCCGUAUCAUGUGGAAAUCAAACUGUAGGAGAAUCCAUUACAUUAUUUACCUCACUUGUGCAACAACUGCUAAAGAAUCUGCAAACAACAACACCCAAAAAGCAAGGGUUUUUUGCAGCCACAAAGAUAGAAUUGCCUGAUAAUAAUGGUACAACUGUUUAUGGCUUUGCUCAAUGUAUUGAAACUGUCACUCCAAACGGCUGUUUCAAUUGCUUGAACACUGGAUAUGACAAUAUUAUGCCCACUUGUCUUCCCAAGUCGGAUGGUAGGGCUUAUGCUGAUGGAUGUUUCAUGAGAUACUCCACCUCUUCCUUCUUUCCACAUUAUUACCAGCCCAUUGAUAUUACUUCCUUGGGCAAACAAGAGGAACAUUUAAUAUGCAAAAAUUAUGACUUAUUUGAAAACGAGUUAUCUAGUCUUGUCUUGUAGGUUCAAGUAAAAAGGGGGCCGUUAUCGGGGGAGUUGUUGGAGGAUUUGCUCUUGUUAUG